GAGGUAUAAAUGGCUCCUCAGUGAACGCGCUCCUCUGUUCUCUGUCCGCGGGGCCACAGCGCUUUACAGGCACGGCGGCAGCUGCGACUUGCCAGGGGCCGGGUAGAGACGUGCCAGGGGCCGCGUAGAGACGUGCCGGGCUGUCGGGGAGCUGGUGCCGUCCGUCCACAGCCACAGAGCUUUGCUUUGUAAAUGGAAAAAGAGAAGAGGAGUUGCCUAACACUACUCGGGGUUUCACCACCCAGACAAACGGUGGUAUAGAGAGUCUAGCAGCUGAAAAGUUUACGGGUCUUUCUGCAACAUCUGGCACUUUCCUGUGCUUUAGCUGAAGGCGAGAUAAGCUGUAAGCCGCUGCGGUUUCAUCAGCUAACGUUAUUCACUCCGACGACUUCCAAGUUCACAGCAGUAAGGUUACUACAGUAUGGUGAACAGCAGGGUGGAGGCGCCCACAGUGGCAGUGAUGGGCGGUGGCGGGGGGGCAGCCGGCAGGUCGUGCGCAGGAUGUGGAGGUCGAAUCUCAGACCGCUUCCUGCUCUUCUCCAUGGAACGGUACUGGCACACGCAAUGUCUCAAGUGCUCCUGCUGCCACGCUCAGCUGGGCGAGUACAGCAGCACCUGCUACAGCAAAGGAGGCAUGAUCCUCUGCAAGAACGAUUACAUCAGGCUGUUUGGACACAGUGGAGCCUGCAGUGCUUGUGGACAGUCUAUACCUGCAAGUGAGAUGGUGAUGCGAGCGCAAGGCAACGUUUAUCACCUUAAGUGUUUUACCUGUGCGACCUGCAGGAACCGCCUGGUCCCCGGUGAUCGCUUUCACUACAUCAAUGGGAGCAUCUUCUGUGAACACGACCGGCCGGGAGGAGGACUGCUCAGUGGACAUCCAGCUCCAUUGCAGGCCAACAACAUGAUGUCUGACCAGAAGGUCUGCUGAGGAAGAGGAUGGAAAACCAAACAUGUGCCUUCUCCCCCACCUUUCUCCUCUGUUUCCCUCCUCUACCUGUAAACCCUGCCAUUGCUUGACCUCCCUCCAUUCUGAUGGACUGUCACUCCACAGAUCAUCAUUACUGCUACUGGUCCAGUGCUCUAUUGGAGGGAUGAGGAUGCUGAGGAUGGCUGGAAUUUAUUUAUGCAGUAGGCUGUUGUCUAUUGUGAACUGUGGCAUGGCAAUACUGAUAAGAAGUGGCAUCGCAAAUGGGGGAAAAAUGGAAGACUGUCAUGGAAGUAUCCCAUUUGUGUGAUUCCAGCGGAAUCAUCCUUUACCUUUACCCAGCUAGCCAGUUACAGCGGGCAUUGAAUAAAGAGGGAACACUUAUAGCAAUGUAAUUCCUGCAGGAGGUGAAAUAUUUCCAAAAUCAUACAGCAUCAACAUUUUUAAGUUAUGAAUUUCCCGAGUCGUGAUUUCAACUGCUGGAUGUUUCCUUCCACACUCUGAGAGACAGAUGAACAAGAAAACAUCUAUAUUGUUACUUACACUAUUUAUCUGUGUAAUUCUCUCUGAAAUAUUCAACAAACAUGUUAGUCUCUGGAUAGUUUUUUGCCACAGUGGGUUGGGGGAAGUGAUAGUCACCCUCUGGUGGUAGCAUUCCUACCACAAACAGAAGUAGCUUGAAUUCUCCAUACGCAAUUUUUGUACAAAACUGAUAUCUCAGGCUACAAUGUAGUAUUAAAGGACCAUACCAGGUUUUUUUUUUUUUUUUUUUUACGAUUUUAGCCCAUUAACAACAAAUUGUAUACACACGUAAAUUCUCAAAUAGUGGCUGAGGCCUUUAUAUACCUUUUAUGAGAAAGAACCAUACAAACAGGCCUUUAUUUCUAAUUUCUCCUGUUCCACAGUUAAUACAAACUCAACACUUCUUCCAUGUUUACCUUAGUUUUGCUAAAGGUCAGGAGGAGGUUGUUGUCCUGACACCAGCGGGUCAGCUCGUCUGCUUCCUUCAGGUAGGCCUUUUCAUUGUUAUCAGUGAUCAGGCGCACCACAGCUGUGUAGUCAGCAAACUUGACACAGUCAUGUAUGUACAAGUAAUACAGCAGGGGGCUCAGAACUCAGCCGUGGGGUGCACCAGUGUCAAGAAUGAGGGUGGGAGAGGUGUGUGUACCCACCCUCACCACCUGGGGUCUGUCCGUAAGGAAGUCAAUGACCCACCUGCACAGCGAGGUGUUUAAUCCCAGGUCCUUAAGCUUUGUGACGAGCCUGCAGUAAUCUCUAUAAACAGAUAUCUACAUAUGAAUGCAGAAUUUGUAGGCAAGGGACAAGAGUUUGGUAUCAGAAGCAUUCUGGUUUCCAUUUGUAGUCAGUUUGUAGUCCAAGUAGUACUGACCAAUCACAUUUGAGCGGGCUUUGGUUGCAUGCAGGUAAACAGUCCGUGUGGAGAGCCAAAGAGGUGGAACGCAUUGGCCGAAAUGCAAUCGUGGAACCCAUCGGUUAUUAUCUGACUCUGACUAGCUUUUUAUUAGCUUUUUUAAAAUGUAUCUGCAUAAAAAACAUAAAAAUUAUAUCGGUUUUACAAACAUAAAUAGUUUCACCACACAAAUACAUGUAAAGUGAUAUUUACGCAUUUUUGGAUCCAUUUUUACAUAUGAAACGGGUUUUGCACAUUUGUAGAUUGCUUCCUGUCAGCUUGCGGGCCACAUGACAUUUGUGACUUCUCCUAUUUAUUUGUGGAAUUUUGUCCAAUUCUUACUGCAGCAGAUCUGUAAAAAGGAAUCUGCAAUGUGAGGUUACUAGCUACACCCUCAUAUGAGCUAACAGGACUACAGUCUGUACUGGAAGAGUCAUCUGUAGAUAGACCCGCCCCUACUCUGCCUCUGAUUGGCCAAGGCUGAGAGGACAAUUUCUCGCGGGCCACAGACAGAGCUACCUCCCUGUGCUCUUUACAAGAAGCCUUUUCCAAAAGUCUCUUAACCAUAUAAGGUCAGAAAAUAAAUCAUAGAGUUCAUCCGUGACUGUGUCUGCUGGGUCCGUAAUGGUCAGUUCAAACUGUUAUAUUUCUCAUGCAGGGAACACGAGGGAAUAGGACCCAAACACAGACACAGAAACAGAACUGGUGAGGUCCAAAGAUUUCAUAAUAGAUAAGAGGCUUACACGGUUAAGUCAGGCAGUGGUCAAAACCAGGAAAGCAGUCCUACAGAGGCAAACCAGUCCAAGGGAGCAAGCCAUAAUCCAAAAUCCAAAUGUCCAGAGGCGAGGUCCAAGAGAAACAGAGAAAAUCCAAAAUACUGGGGAAACAAAGGUCUUGACGCUUGAAGCACACAGAUUAAAUACAUACAGGUGAGGGGAGAUAGCGAGACACAGGUGAAACUACUGAUACCGUCUGGUCCUGCUGCCUUCCUGGUGUUCACACGCUUGAAAGUCCUACUGACAUCAUUCUCAGAAAGGGUGAUAGGUGUGGAAGGUGCCCCCUUCCGUCCAGCAACCUCUGCUUCAGAUGUUUUGGCUUGUUGGGUGCAGAUGGCCUCAAGGCGAGCAUAAAAGUUGUUUAGCUCACCUGCUAGAGACAAGUUAAACAACUUUUAUCACAGUUUACAGUGUAGCUGUGCAUUCAUGGUUUCCUGUGAGAUGAGGGAUUAUUUGAGACAUUACGGGUGUGCCCACUUUCAAUUUUACCUCCAAAUAAAAUGGUUUAGAUCAUUUGGAUAAACUUUUAGCUUGUUUACAACUUGUCUGAUCGGCUGACUGCAGAUAUCACUGCGUUCUGAGACCUAGAGUAUGGUUGAGAUGAGUAUAAUGUUAUCAUAACCAAUAGAGGUGAUGGCCAGAGCUAUGAAAAUAAGACCCAAAUUGUAAUGAACUGUAUUUUUGCUUUAACAUUGUUCAUUGCGAGCAUGUUAGCAUGACAACCACAUCCAUAUUUACAUUUACUUCACCACAACUGCUUAGUAUCAAAAACAAACUUUGGACCUCAAGUUUUAUCCAUCUUACAAUUUGGUUCUCUUUACAAUGAGCAUUACAGCCUCAUAGAGCUGCUAGCAUGGCAGUAGACUCUUAGUCUUGUUAGUUAAUGUGCUAUUACAGGCAAAACCACCAGCACAGUCCUUUAAGGCAGCAAUGCCACUUACUUCAGUUUUAGAGCAAGGUUUCUAACAGUGGGGGGUCUUCUUUGUAUUUCACUGUUUUAUAUUUCCCCAAAGUCCUGUGAUUCCAAUAACUAAGCUGUUAUGGAUUUAUAAUAAUUUCUACACAAUCUGUGGAGAUAUACACUAUGAUUCUUGACUUUGGUAGGAAUGCCACUACAGUACUACAGGGCCAAGAAUGACUUUUCUUUAUACUGUAUCAUGAUGUACCUUCUCUUCUUCAGCUGUUGAUGGUAGUUCCAGACAUCAUGAAUACUUUUAGGGUUCAUACAGUGUUUGUAAUUGUGUUCUUUAAAAGAGAUUUAGCAGCAGUGACGUAUACUGUACAUUCUAAAUGUUUAUAGCAGUAAUGGGCCAGUUUUUACAGUUUAAACUGAUCUCUUCAAAGUUUAUGAAUGAGUGAAGGAAUAUUGGGAGGACAUGUUUAAAGUGCACUGAUACCCUGUUGUGUGCUACAGUAUAUGAAUUGUGUUUUCUGUGUUGCAAUUUGUGGGGGGUUUUUUGGGGGGGGGGUUUCAAUCAAGUGAGUUUUAUUGCUCUAAAUUGUGUAUGGACAGAGAAUAAGUCCUCUCAGAAGAACUAAUAAUAAUUUAGCCAUUCAGCUGUCUCACGUGUGAUGUGUGUGAUUGUGUUGAGGAUGAUUUGGCUAAAGCUACAGUAAGUGUGUACCAAUGAGUUACAGAUAGCCGCUUCAGACUGAGUAAGAAGUAAGAAACCCUUGCGGUUCUAAGACCAACAUGGCUGAUUACCCACAGGAAUGGGAUUUCAAAGACCUGAGCUGAGGCCAUUACAGAAGCAAUUAAAGUGGGAUGCGCUGGAGGCCUGCAUGGGCUUUAGCUGCACUCCAGUGUUGCAGCCUAAUGAGGCCUAAUCUGGUGAGCUGGUCUAAUUAAAAGGGAGGGAGCUUUUUCCUGUGGGCACCAGGCAGCUCCAGCUGUCUGAGGGGGAAAAGCAAAGUACAAGUAAGAAAAUCCAUUGUUUUCAACCAUAAAAAGUUUCAUAUUUCUCUAUUCUCUGUCCGUUCAAAUUAAAACAUUUAACUUGACAUUUUUAACAUGUUUGCUGGUCUCUGAUCUUUCCAAGGUCUCUACUCUGGUUUGUCAUAAUUGCUUUUUGGCACGAAAUGUGCCUUUUAAAUUAGCCUUUUUAUAUGUACAUUUGGCAUGGAAACUACAAUAUCUCAUCUAAUUUAAGGGUCACUCAUUUUCCAUAUUGUUUGUGUGGCUUUCUAAAGAGCAGAAUUAAAGGCUGAAGUGAAGCACGCAGGACGGGUAGAGGCACACAUGAGUAGCCAGCUGUGACUCUUCAAAUUAACAGGCCGGGGAACUCAGCAGAUCCUCUCACAGGGUUAGUCCAAUUAGCUUCACAUUCACAGUAACAAUGAGGCUUUUAAUGGUAGUGUUUCAAAGUGCUCUUUCAUAAUGAUGGAGGGUGAACACAUUCCUCUGGUUUUUCAGUCAUGGCUCCAAAUCUGAGUCACACCAAGUUUCCUCUGAAUCGACUUUAAUGCUUUUGUUUUGUCUCGGUUGUUUGUCGGGCUGUUGCUUCAGAUCACUAUGAAGAGAUUAAUAAUGUAAUAAUAAUGAAUACAAUAAAAUAUAGCUUCUACCAACA